UGGAAUUCCGUUUCCGCUUUAGGGAGUGUACGCUGAUUUUUUUUUGGGGGGGGGUUUCUACUUUCCAACCAACUUUCUAUUCCCACGACAACUCGGACAGUAUUUCCAGUCAAACUGUCCCGGAUUUAAACUUUAUCGUGGCGACGAUGGCUUCUUCCCCUCAGAAGUCCCCGUCCUCUCCGAAGUCUCCGACGCCCAAAUCCCCGUCCUCCAGAAAGAAAGACGACUCUUUCCUGGGGAAACUUGGUGGAACUUUGGCGAGAAGGAAAAAGGCUAAAGAAGUGUCUGAGCUUCAGGAAGAGGGGAUCAAUGCCAUCAACCUUCCUCUCAGCCCUUCCCACUAUGAGCUGGACCCCGAGGACACCAUGCUUGAGGAGAACGAAGUGCGAACUAUGGUGGACCCCAACUCCAAGAACGACCGCAAGCUGCAGGAGCUCAUGAGGGUGUUGAUUGACUGGAUAAACGACGUUCUGGUGGGGGAGAGGAUCAUUGUGAAGGAUCUAGCCGAGGAUCUGUACGAUGGACAGGUCCUGCAGAAGUUAUUCGAGAAGCUGGAGGGCGAGAAGCUGAACGUUGCGGAGGUGACCCAGUCGGAGAUCGCCCAGAAACAGAAGCUGCAGACGGUCUUGGAGCGCAUCAACGACUCCCUCAAACUCUCCACCAGGAACAUCCGCUGGAAUGUCGACUCGGUUCACGCAAAGAGCAUCGUUGCCAUCCUGCACCUGCUGGUGGCGCUGUCGCAGCACUUCAGAGCGCCGAUCAGAUUGCCAGACCACGUCUCCAUUCAAGUGGUGGUGGUCCAGAAAAGAGAGGGCAUCCUUCAGUCCAGACAAAUUCAAGAAGAAAUCACCGGCAACACAGAGGCUUUCUCUGGCAGACACGAGCGCGACGCUUUCGACACCCUGUUUGAUCACGCUCCAGAUAAACUGAACGUCGUCAAGAAGACAUUGAUCACGUUUGUGAACAAACACCUCAACAAGCUCAACCUAGAGGUGUCUGAACUGGACACACAGUUUGCAGAUGGGGUUUAUCUGGUGUUGCUGAUGGGUCUGCUGGAGGGAUACUUUGUGCCGCUCUACAACUUUUUCCUCACACCAGAGAACUUUGACCAAAAGGUCCACAACGUGUCCUUCUCCUUUGAGCUGAUGCAGGACGGAGGCCUGGAGAGACCGAAGCCCCGACCAGAGGAUAUAGUGAACUGCGACCUUAAAUCUACACUGCGCGUCCUCUACAACCUCUUCACCAGGUACAGGAAUGUCGACUGAGCACCGGGUGUGGCAGGAGGGAAGACUUCAUACCAUGGACCACAUGUUAGAGCUUAAAGCGUUUUGCUAUUUGUUGUAGGAGUCUGUUUUAUCUGAGUGCAUGCAUCACAUUUUGUCCCCCGUUGGAAAUUGUACCGCACGUCUGUAUUUUUAUUGAUUCCUGCAGAGAUAUUUGUAUGUAAGCCCUGAGAGGCAAGCAAGAAAAAAACAUUGUUGAUCAAUUUGAUUUGAUUUUUUUUUCUCCAGUGGUUAUGACUUAAGAACAGUAUGGCUUUCUCCAGGAUAAUCUUUACAUGUCUCUUCAAUUUUUUAUCCAUUUAUCGAAACCUCAUUUUGGCAAUGGAUCCUUUUUUGUUUUUUAUACUUACUGUUGUUGUAAUACUCAUUUCAUCCACCGUAGUGCACCACUACCCAAUGUUCUAAAUAGGUCUUAAAGCAUACAUGUUUUCUUCCAGGUGAGUUUAACUUACAUAACUCGCUAACACACAUAAAAUCUCAGCUGGAAGAAAACAUUAAUGUCUUAUUUAGAACAUGUGAUGGGGCGCAUUUCAAUCCCUUGAUGACUAAAUUAGUUUUGAAAAAUCACGACACAAAACAUUUUUUUCAUUUUUAAAAAGCAUCCUGGCAAAACAUUUCUUUUCACCUGCACAGAGGAGAACACACUUUGGAUCAGACCUAGAAAAUGGAUCACCUGAUUUUUUUCUUUUUCAAUUACCUUUCAGGGCUUCAGUAAAUUUGGCCUGUGUACCAUAAAUGUUUGAAUUUUUAUUGUAAAUUGGGUAUUGCCAUACAUCAGACAUCUAUGAACUAAAUAAGAUAGCCAAUGGUGAUGUUUAGCUAUGUCUAUAAUGACUUCUGUGGAUAUCACAAAAAUGAACCACACUUUGUAUCUUUUAGUCCAUAAAAGAAAAUGUUUAACUGUAUUUAUUGUACAUUUCAAUACACUUGUUCUGUCUUACUUUCCCAGCUAUUUUCUUCUCUUUGGUCCUGUUUAUAUUAUUCAUAAGUGCCUUUAAUAAGAUGUGUGAACACAGCGAGAAGCUCCCAAUACUUAAUAUUGCACAUGCUCCCCAGUUGUCUUAACGUUCCAGAUUGCCUUUCCAUGUGUUAAGGGACAUUUGAAAUAUCUGACCAAAGCUCUGUUGUAUUCACACUGUAAAGCAUAUAAAGGUGUUACUCAGCAGCCAUUCGCUUUCUUGUAUUUUUUUUAGCUUUAU